CACAAAAUGCCAACAGACAUGGCGUCAUUAACAUUAUUAAUAGUCGCAUUCACAAUAGUCUUCUCUGUACCGGAAAUAGCAGGCGCAGCAACUUUUAAGUUCUCCUCCUACUAUCAUGACCACAUGGUGUUGCAGCAAAGUUCUACCGGGACAAGCAUUUGGGGUCAGUCAAGCAAAGUUGGUGACGUAGUUCACAUAAAACUUAACAAUAAUGAAGUCGCCCAGACUACUGUCAAUAGUGAUCAUAUAUGGGAAGCAAAGUUUACAAGCCCUAAAGAUCAUGGUCCAUAUAAUGUUUCUGCAACAUCAAGUCUAGGAACUGUUGAGAUUUCUGAUGUUCUUUUUGGUGACGUGUGGAUUUGCUCUGGACAAAGCAAUAUGGAGUACAUGACUUUUGGGCUUUUGAAUGCAACACAAGAGUAUGCAGACAGCCUAAAUUAUCAAUCUGUACGGCUGUUUCAUGUGCAUAGAGAAUUUUCAGCAUCGCUGUAUACAGACGUUAAACAUAUAGAUGCAGCAUGGUUGAAACCUAAUCAGAAGAGUCUCACACAAUAUUCGGCCGUUUGUUGGCUUUAUGGGAAAUACUUGUCACAGCACUUCAACUAUCCCAUUGGAUUGGUUGAGACAAACUGGGGUGGUACAAGAAUAGAGGCCUGGUCGUCACCGGAUGCUUUAUCUGCAUGUUCUGGAGCCCAAGGUCGGCGAAAAAGGGAUUAUAAUUCAAAUAGCCAGCUGUACAAUGCUAUGAUUAAUCCACUUCUCAGAAAUACGAUCAAAGGUGUCAUCUGGUAUCAAGGGGAGUCAAAUGCUGGGCAUGCGUAUCAGUACUCAUGUCAAUUUCUUGAAAUGAUUCGAGACUGGAGAGGAAAAUUCAGCGCAGCAUCUAAAGGAACAACAAAUCCAUCAUUCCCUUUUGGAUUCGUACAGUUGGCACCUUGGAGAGAAGGAGAGACAAGUCUCGGUUUCCCACAACUCCGCUGGUCACAGACUGCUAACAUAGGAUACGUUCCUAAUUCACUUCUUCACAAUGUAUUUAUGGCUGUAGCUAUCGAUCUACCUGACUACCAAUCACCCUACGGAAACAUACAUCCGAGGUACAAACAUGACGUAGCCUACCGCUUGUAUCUUGGAGCCCUUGGUGUGGCUUAUCAUGAGAGAGAUGUGGAAUUUGAGGGGCCUUUUCCAACCUCUGCUGUGGUUGACAGCACACACCGACAUCUUACUAUAGAAUGCGGGCGCGGAUUAACUCCUAUUGAAAUUAGAACAAACAGUGGUUUCGAGGUGUGCUGUGUAAAUCAUGCUACGAAAUUUUGCAACCCAUCUGACACCCACUGGAUUAAUUCUACGAUUACGUCGCAUGACUUUGCCACUGUAACUCUGAAUAUUUCUUCUUGCAACCAUGGAAGUCACGUUGUACAGCUCCGAUAUGCUUGGCGGGAAAGUCCUUGCGCUUUUCAUCAAUGUGCAGUGUACGGAAAAUCUAACAACUUGCCAGGACCUCCAUUUACCUUACACGUGAGCUCGUGA